UCCCCAUUUAUUGGUAUUAAACACAUAAUCAGAUAAAUUGAAAGAUGGGAAAGAAUCAGUCUAAAUAUGAGGACCAUCUUAUGGAAGAGGGACAAGAGGUACAGAAAGUGCAGAACAUUAACAAAAUUCAUGGGUUGGCCAGAUUGAUAUCAGCCAAGCGUGACCAUCAACAGAUAGUUGCAGCUCAAGGAUGGUCCAAACAGGAUGAAGAUAUGAGAAAUAUGCAGAUUCUGAAAGGUUUAUUUAAGAAGCUGGAUCCCACAGUGAUGAAAGCUGUAGGAGAUGUCAGGGGAGAAAUCCAGAUAUCUUUUAAAUAUGAUUUCAAAAGACAUUUACUGCUGGUCAAGGUCAUCAAAUGUAGAGAGCUUCGAUCUAAAGAUCUGAGAUCCAAAAUGUCUGAUCCUUAUGUCAAGCUUGAGAUGACCCCUGAUGUAGAAGAUGCUGAGGAAAAGAGAACAAGGGUAUAUCCACAAACCAACAACCCAAAGUUUGAUGAAAUUUUUGCCUAUCCAUUAACAGAAACAGAGCUGAUUAACAGGAAGUUGGUUGUUAAAGUAAUGGACAGUGAUUUACUGGGGAGAGAUGAUUUUCUGGGAGAAGUUAUAAUAGAUAUAAACACAUUUAACUUUAGAGAUAGCCCUAUACAUACAGCAUGGUAUAAUUUGAAUAUGGAGACUGACCUUGAUGUAUCUGGUGACCUUGAAGUGAGUGUUGAAUUCCAGCAUCCUUCAUCAUUGCUGGUUACUAUACAUGGAGCACAUGGUUUGUCAGCCCGAGAUGAGGUUUCUUUAGCUGACCCAUUUGUUAAAGUAACUGUACCAGGAACAAAAUUAAUGUUUCAGACUAAGGAAUUGAAGAAUACUGUGGAUCCUGUCUGGAAUGAAACAUUUGAAUUUGAAGUAGCUCUUGAAGAACUUCCUCAGAGAUACAUUAUUUUCCAUGUGAUAGACAAGAGCACCUUUGGUGGCAAUGAUUCUCUUGGACAAGUCAUCAUUGAACUUAUGACCUUUAACCCAGAUCAUAGUCUCCAUGAUUUCUUUAGAUUGGCAGAUUUAAGAAAUACUGAAAGGCUGAAGAGUAAAUGGGCACAGCAUGCCACAGCAGAGGAAUUCAGAGAAGCUUUGGUAGCACAUGCCAGUUCUAGGCAUCCAACAUUUCUUUUCCAAGAACAUACAGGCAAAAAGAUUGUAAGCGUAAGUUGCAGAAAAGCAGGAGCACAAGGAAAAGUUCGCAUCAUUGAUGGAAUUCCAGUGAAAUAGAAGGACCAUGCAGUUGAUUAAAAAUGAUGAUGGAACUUGUUUACAUUUAUAAGCAAUAUUUAAACAUUUAGGAUGGUUAAUGAUAUUUUUAUAUCUUUAUUACUAAUAUAAUUUGAUUACUUUAAUAAUGUUUUAACCCUUUCAUAAUUUUUAUUGCAUUUUUUUUAUUUACACCGACCGUUCCCUACUCCUACAAGUGUGUAAGCCAUUCUAGAGUCUUCAGGCAAAGACACUCAUUCCCCAAGAACUUCCGUUUGUAUUUAAUGUAUAGUUAUUUCAUGAAUAUUACUUAAAAUCAUUAAUAAAAUAAAAAUAAUUCACAAAUGAGAGAGCAUACCCAGUCACUGUGUCUCCUGGUUUGACCAUUAGGUACCUGGGGCCGCCCGUUACCUUUUAAGUACAUUGAAAACUAAUUAGAAUUUUUAUAUUGCUUUGAAUCCUAAUUUAACAGGUAAUUCACAAAGGUAUAUUAGCCUGUAGCAUUGUGGUGUGACAUAUUUAUGAAGCAUUUAUUGAUAAUUUCAACUUUACGUUCAAUGUCAAACUUUUUGUCUAAAUGACUUUGUGGGGAUAGUGGCAAGGAAUCUUCAUAAAGACUGAACAUGAGCUUAUAAUUUAAAAUUUCCCUGCGUUAUUUACCCUAUCAUUGUAGAACCCUGUCCUUUCAUUAGAGUGUUAUAUUUUUUAUAGGUGCAUACCUCAUAUACGAUCUUUAAAAGUGGAAACGAAAUUUUACACCUUCAAUAAUAAUUUUGCUUGUACAUAAUGAAUUAAGGAAAUUGCACCGUUAUAUAUUUUCAUAAUAAAAUUUUGGUUCCCAUGAAAUUCACUACGUAAAUAUGCCUCAGAUCAGUGCAGGCAAUACCAACCAUAGUUGUUCCUAGUGGCGAAACAUGAAAAUAUUGGUUCUUGAGAAAUCUUAUCGCAAACAAGAAUUUUAUCUGUCGAUUUCAAGUGUCCCACACUGAUAAUGGUCUGUCGAAAACAGGUGACAGCAUAUUUUAGUUCAUUUUUUCUGCUUUUACAGUUAAACAAACUUAAUGCAUUUUGCAAAGUUAAUAAUUUUACCUUAUCUUUAUAUAAGAUAAGUAUCAGAACCUGUUUUUAUCUGAUGAAAUGAUUUUAAUAUCAUACAAUCUACAGUUUGUUAUCAGUAGUAAACACACUGGGAACAGAUGCCAAAAGACAAACUUCGUCAACGCUCCAGUGCUGUUCUUUCUCAACUCCCUCAAAAAUAACAUUUUGUUCAUGUUUUUAUGGAAUGAGAUUUGUGAGUAAAAUCUUGAGUGUUGAUAUACUGUUUUCAAACAGUCUUCAUUGAAUAGCUUAGAUAUUUUAAGAAUAGUACACACUGUACUUUUGUUUGAUGCCAAAGCAUUUGUAGUAUCUUUUUUGUUCAUUGUUUUUAACUUUAAGUUAAAUGUAAAAUGAUUCAAUAUCAAGAUUUAAUCAGCUCUUGUAUGUGUUGCAUUUAACUACAGUACACGAAUGCAUUACAUAAACCCUUAAAGUAUCCAUGAAAUGAAGUCAGUCUAUAUUUCGUACAUGUAUAAUAAUUAUUUCUUUUAAAUGCAUUUAUUAUUGCAUAUCUAUACCUACAUAUUAGGGGUACUGUAACUGUACCAUGUAAAAUGAAAUUCUGUAGAUUUGAGUUGCAGUUUCGGUUUGGUGGGAAAUUGAAAAUUGGUCAAUACUUACAAUGAAGACUGUUAUUUCUCUCUUAUAUACAAAACAUGAUGAAUUCGAGAAUUAACUUUCUUGAUGUAUAAAGGUAUUGAGUGCCAACUUAUAUUGUUGAGGGUAGCUAUCAUGGCUUAAGUUUUAUAGUUUAUGGACAGUUAAUAAUAAUGAGGUAAUGCUGUAUCUAUAUCUGUAUUAUGUUGUACAUCAUGUAUAUCUGUAUUAUGUUGUACAUCAUGUUAACAUAAAUCUUGCAUCAUAGUUAAUUUUUUUUUCUUUUUGGUAACUUAAUUCAUUCCACCUUCGCCUUAUGUACAUACUUUUCAACUAAGUUUAUAUUUAUAUUUAUAUUUGUUUUGAAAGUUACAAAUUGAGCCCUGUAAAUUCAAGUGGCCACAUGGUUUAAAGGUGUGAAUUAUUACGUUUGAGCUGCAGGUUUUAAUUUUAAUUGAAGUAUAGGCCACAUUGUUACUAUUAUACAUAGUUUUCCUUUUUACAAUAUAUUUUGUUCUAUCGCGGUAGUAGAUCUACCCUAACGACAACGACAGCUGGGCUGCCGAAUUUUGUUAUAAAUUUAUAAAUUAUAUUAGAAACAUUAAUAAAAGUUUUUUUGCUA